ACAAAUCAGAUCGGAGGGAUAACUCCCGAAAGAUCAAAAUAAACAAAUACACAUAUAUUUUUACAUAGUAUUACACUUCUUUCCACAGUACAUGGGCGUUUACAGUCAAAUAAUCCUCAGAAGUUCGAGACUUGAUGUGAAGUGUGCCGAAUCCCCUUGUGGUGUCGGCUUUUACUGAAGAUAUUCCCGAAACAAGGAUGCGUGAUUGUGAACGUGCCAACCCAAGAGCGUGAAUGCAACGUUCCGAUAUAUACGAGAGUUCUGAGCCAGUAUCCAAUAAGAGGCGACAUGUUAUGUAGUCCCCAUUUGCGUUUUUAACAUAAACCAAUGCCGUGGGUAAUGUGCUUCUGUUCAAUCCUUUUGCUUGAGUAGAUUGUGCAGAGCCUUGCGCACAUACAAUCGAUGGUGUGCCCUCUGCUUGGGCAAUGUGACUUGAAGUCACCGAAGUGUUAUAAUGCGCGUUUGAAUUGCUCUGAUUCUCCCCUUUUGUUUGCGCAAAGGUCCCGAUAAUACCCGAUGUAGUAUCUGGUAAAUGGAGUAGUGAAUGGUGAUGACCUUUGCAUUUCUUACAUGUGUAUUUUGAUUUACAAUUGUUGCUCAAAUGACCAGGCUUCAAACAAUUAUAGCAUAGAUUUUUAUCUUUUACAAAAGAGCGCCUUUGCAAACCUGUCAUUUCCAAAAAUUGUGGACAGCCAUACAGAAUGUGUUCUGUUGAAUGGCAUUUGGUGCAGUUGCUGCCUUCAACUGCCACCAUCGAGUGUGUGAUUCUUUUUGAUUUGUCCCCGUGAGUUACUGUUUUCCCUUUAGACGCAGGCUCCCCUUUGCUUAGUUCCAAUUCCUCGCAACGAGCAUCCAAGAACUUGAAGAAGUCGUCGAGACUGGGUGAGUCUUUAUCCAAACUGCGUUCAAUCCACCUGCGCCUCGUGUCGGCAUCAAGUUUUUCCAGUGCUAGAUAUAUAAUCCAACAGUCGCGUCCCGUUUGAUUCACGGCGUCCAGACCACGUACAAUUUCGUUUGCACCGUCGGACACUUUACGCAAAAUCGCCGCAUCAAUUUUAGUAGUUGUGGGCAACCUCAUAAAUUGUUCCAAAAACGAGUUUACGAUAUGCCUCGGCCGAUUGUACCUUUCCUUGAGACGUUCCCAUGCAGUGUUGUAAGCAGUGUCCGUGAUCGCCAAAUGUCGUAGCAAGUUGGCAGCCUCAUCGAUAAGUAGUGUUUUCAAAUGAUGAAACUUCUGUGUGUUCGUCAAAUGCUGCUUGCUAUGAAUUGUACUUUCAUAGAUAUCCUGAAAUGCUGGCCACUCUGUGUAGCUGCCAGCGAACCGUUUGAUCUGAAUUUUGGGCAAUUCGCUCUGUAUUGGUGUGACCGCACCAACUGCAGAAUUCGAAUUCACCGCGCCUCUAAACUCGACGCUCUCGAUCUCUCCAGCAGCACGCAUAGACAUGUUCGUCGUGUUCUGGUUUGCAGCUAACUGUUCAAAUAGCUGUUGUUGUUGUUGUAGCAGGCUGAGUACUGCGUUGUUGUUUAGAUGAAGCUUUCUGCUGCCAUCCCCGUUGAUCGUUGCAGUUGUAGUUGGUUGUACUAACCCCUUUUUCUCCAAAAUCAUUGCAUGUGCAAAUAGAUACUUUUCCUCGUAGAGUGCAUUGUCUUCCUCUGGAUCCCCAUACCCAUCCACGUGUUCGAGAAGGGCUAUGGAAUCUUGCGAGAACUCUUUCCAAGCCGAUUGGAGCAGUUCCAUCCGUGAGGUGACCUUUGCCGUUGUAUUGGGUUCCUCCCGUUCAGCCCAAGACAAUGAGCGUGUGAUAAUGGCCUAGAGUCUGCCACGGGCUUUUACCAAUGCCUUUAAUUGUUCCAUUGUCAACAAUUUUGAAUUAACACCAAAGCACACAAAACUGUUCAAGAAUCCGGCUCGAAGGACCAAAGAAUGUUCACGAAUAAUAUGCUCGACGGAUUUGAUUUUAGUGGACUGUAUUUAUUUUGUUCUUAUCCAGUUCGAUGUCUAUUUGGUACUGAAAAAUGCCGUCGCAGCGGCGGUAAGAAUAUGUGUGUAUACAAAUUUUCGUCUCUUCCAUUCUCUUUUUGUUCUCUUUUGGCGAUGGUUCUUCGCUUAGCGAUGGACUUGUUAUGCGUUCCUCAACAGAAACAAUAGCAAGGCAAAACAUGGAAGAAGCAGCAGCAAAACAAGCAAGACAUUACAAUUUGCGAAAGCGAGCAUGGAAACCAAAAAUAGGGGACCUGGUAUGGGUACGAACGCACCCACUAUCGAAAAAAAUCGACAAAACAACAGCGAAACUAGAACCGAAAUACACCGGUCCGUGUAAGAAAGAUGGAAAAUAAUGAAAAUAAAUUCGACAUUUCGGCCCGGAAAUUUAAGGAGAGGAUGGCACAGGCCAGCCACAAAAACCGUGCGGCAAAACUACUAUCGGCCGCCCCCCCACUCAGCUCACGGAUGAGAACAUCAGUAACAAAAGUGUCAGCACCCAGGAAAACAGCCAAAACCAAGACGAUGGAAACCACGGCAGGACAGCGCGAGACACAAGGAGAACCAGUAGCAACAUACAAGGAAGUAAUCCCAACAAAGAACAGGAUCAGCUGGGCAAACCAGGCCAACCAACAGGAUCAAACGGCACGAAGAGUCAGCGAACAAGUCACGAAGCUUUCCUUGGCCAAAAAAGUGGAAGACGAAGAAUCCGACAGGGGCGUGCUGGACCUACACCCCGAGUGGCCAACGCCGGAACCGGAACCAUGUAAGCCCAGACAGAGGGGUACCAUCCCGAGGGAACGGAACGCUCCGCAUAGCUUCGAGCUAUCGGACGCAUUAAUCAAAAUCAUCAAAGCGAAACUCGAAGACCGCCCGAAACACACGCAAAGACGGUUCAAACUAUGGAACGAGGAACAGGAGGCGUGCUGGGUCAAGAUCGGCCGAGCUGGAGAUGUCCGCAUCGGCACCUGGUUCCGGGCGACACAAGGAAAGACAACCGAAAACGCCACACUGGGAAAGGAGGGGGGAGUGUGACGCCCAGCGCCAGGAAGACCAUGCACCGGCGCCACAAGCACCACAACAAGACAUUAGAAACACUAAGACAAGCCAUGAAGACUAAACGAUAAGUAUUAGUAGGAUAAGUAGAACAUAAGCGACAAUACAUGAUAAAAGAAAUAAGUAUAAAUAAACAAACAAUAAAGAAAACACGAAAGAUACAUAAAACCAACC